CAUUUAUAUAUUAUUCGAAUCUAACACUAUCCACGUGAUAACGACUUAUCUACACGUAUAUGCAUAAUAUUUUAAUUAGUUAACGUCGUUACAUAAUACUUUUUCAUAUUUUUGGUCGUAUCUCACAUUGAACAUGUGGAUGAAACCUUCGAAUAUAUCCUUUUUUAUCAUAACCAGAGACUCAUAUCCUUCGUAUAUGAUUCAGUAGACAAUAUAUAUACGAAGAGGACACAUACUAUCAAUAUACAAGUUUUCCAACACAUACAAAUACUUUAGCAACGACAGUAUCUAGGUUUGUCCAGCUGAGAAACAUGGUGCAGAUUCAUCCUGUCCAAGCAGUACCGGUAGACUCCGGCAUCGGAGAAGUCAAGAGCUCGCCGUACGUGUCGACGGAGCAAGAGAGUUUCACGAUUUGGAUGAGAUCACUGGUGUACCAUAGCAAAGGCUGCACAGUUUAUGAUUCCAAAGGAAGCUUAAUCUAUCGAGUGGAUAACUAUGAUUCCAAGAGUUGCGGUGAAGUUUACCUUAUGGACUUAUACGGAGAAGUCUUGUUUGAAUUUCAACAAAAGUUUGGAUUAUUCAAAUCUUGCGAAGGAUGCAACUCAACCGGGACAAGAUUUCGACUAAGAAAGAACUUCAAGAUUUCGUCAAGAGGUUCAUCUUCGUCUUACAAAGUUGUGAUGGAAUCUAGUAAAGAUGAUCAACAAUCUUGUUAUAAGAUUUUGAAUCAUGGGUCGGUUUUCACAAUCGAAGAUGGAUCAGGGAGAUUUAUGGCAGAAGUCAAAAAGAAAAGAUCGAACGUUAAUGGUUUAGAUUUUGGAGAAGAUGUAUUGACAAUGGUGGUGGAGCCACAAGUAGACCAUUCUUUCAUCAUGGGUAUUGUUAUAGCUUAUGGUCUUCUCAAAUCUAAAUUGUGAUUUGAUUAUUUUUGGCUGUGGUCGAGUUAUUUUUGUAGAUUUAAUGAUGUAAGUGAAAUACACAACUAUUUUGGGAGCCAAGUGAUGCUAUUUUGAUUAGUUAAAAGAGCUUAAA